AUGGAAUACAUUCCAAGUAUGUAUGCUUUUGGAUUUUUGUUUUUCCCUUUAUUUACACUUAAACUUUUAUAUUAUUUAGUUCUUGCAGAACGUGAGCGUAUUGCUGAAGAUAUAUUAACAAAUAAGCAAUUGAUUAUAGAUUAUGAUAGAACUCGCAAUACAAACAGAGAAGCUUUAAACAAACUGAAAAAAGAAAAGGAUAAAAAAAAAGUAUGGGUAAAUCUUGAUCAAGAAAGUCUUGAAUCUGGAAUUUCUUCAUUACGAGAAACCGUUAAAGAGAAAAUGGCUGAAUUGGAAAAAUUGGAAACGGGUGAUGACAAAAUUUCAAAAGGAUUUAAACUACGUGGAAUGUCUUCAAAUGAAUUGUAUAAUAUUACAAAUGAAUGA